AAGAGAGCCAAUGGUAAGUCAAAUGCAUCAGUUAGUCAUUUACAUCUUUCUUGCUUAGUACAACUUCUCGAGUCAGCAUGAAGGUCACGAUUCUCGCUCUGUUUUUCACUGUCGCUUCAGCUCAAUAUUAUUCCAAGCCAGCCUACUCAGCUCCGUCUUAUUCUCCUAUGCCCUACAACUUUGCAUGGGGCGUUAAGGACGAUGCUUCGUACAACAACUAUGCGCAUUCUGAGAGCAGCGACGGAAAUGUAGUCACCGGAUCGUACCGAGUGGCCCUGCCGGACGGUCGCACCCAAAUCGUCUACUACAGGGCUGACAGCAACGGAUACGUGGCGGACGUCAAGUACGAAGGCGAGGCUAGAUACCCCGAAAACAAGCCAUCCUACUCUUCCUAUUCGGCCCCGGCCUACAAAGCCCCGUCUGCACCAGUCUACAGGGCCCCAGCCGCUCCUGCCUACGUCGCUCCUCGUGCUCCUACUUAUGGAUCUGUUCAGGCGCCUUCCUAUGGAUCGGUUUCUGCACCGGCCUACAAAGCACCUCCCGCCCCUGCUUACGUCGCUCCUCGUGUUCCAGCCUAUUCUGCUCCUAAAACGCAAACGUAUAGAGCCGCAACAGCCACUGGCCAAAGAGGUUCUGUUGCUGCGCCAGGCUACAACACUCAGCAACAAUGGCCGAUUUCUUACAGUCGAGGUGGUUAGGAUUGUUAACAAGACACAGUCAGG